UGGCACCGACAUGAAAUCCUCCCAUAUCGGCCAGGCAGUAUAAAACGGGCGAGGAGCUUCUCUCUGCACUCUCCUGCCCAGAAGAGGGGGUUCACUGUUACCAAGAGCUUAGUGCUGCAGCUGAAACUGGGAAAAAGAGAUGGCACCUGUGAAGAAGGGUAUCCUUGAGCGUCUGAAUGCUGGGGAGGUGGUGGUUGGGGAUGGAGGCUUUGUGUUUGCCCUGGAGAAGAGGGGCUACGUGAAGGCCGGGCCAUGGACUCCUGAGGCUACUGUCACACACCCUGAGGCUGUGCGGCAGCUGCACAGGGAGUUCCUGAGGGCAGGAGCAAACGUCAUGCAGACGUUCACCUUCUACGCCAGUGAUGACAAACUGGAGAACAGGGGUCAGUCUCUGAAAUACACUGGGGCACAAAUCAACGAGGCGGCCUGUGACCUGGCAAAGGAAGUGGCCAGCGAGGGAGACGCUCUGGUAGCUGGUGGAGUGUGUCAGACUCCAUCCUACCUGAGCUGCAAGAGUGAGACGGAGGUGAAGGCCAUUUUCAAGAAGCAGAUGGAAGUGUUCAUCAAGAAGAACGUGGAUUUCCUGAUUGCUGAGUACUUCGAGCACGUUGAGGAGGCGGAGUGGGCCGUUCAGGUGCUGAAGACCAGCGGAAAGCCUGUGGCUGCUUCCAUGUGCAUCGGACCAGAAGGAGACAUGCACGGCGUCUCAGCCGCUGAGUGUGCCGUCAGGCUGGUGAAGGCUGGUGCCCAGAUCAUUGGAGUCAACUGCCACUUUGACCCCAUGACCUGCGUGCAAGCUGUCAAGUUGAUGAAGGCCGGAGUGGAGAAGGCCGGGCUGAAGGCUCACUACAUGGUGCAGCCCCUGGCAUACCACACCCCCGACUGCAACUGUCAGGGAUUCAUCGAUCUGCCAGAAUUCCCCUUCGCUCUGGAGCCCAGGAUCCUGACCCGCUGGGACAUGCACAAGUACGCCAGAGAGGCCUACAAGGUUGGCAUCCGCUUCAUUGGUGGCUGCUGUGGGUUUGAGCCCUAUCACAUCAGGGCUGUGGCGGAGGAGCUGGCCCCCGAGAGAGGGAUAAUGCCCCCUGGCUCAGAGAAACAUGGAAUGUGGGGUGCUGCUCUGGAGAUGCACACAAAGCCCUGGGUCAGAGCCAGGUCCCGCCGUGAGUACUGGGAGAAUUUGAUGCCCGCAUCCGGUCGCCCCAAGUGCCCAUCCCUGUCCACGCCAGAGUGCUGGGGUGUGACCAAAGGCCACGCUGACCUGCUGCAGCACAAAGAGGCCACCAGCACCCAGGAGAUGAAGCACGUACUGGAGAUGCAGAAGAAGGCCAAGUCCUCUGCAUAAGCAAGAAAACCGAGCCACCCGUCCCUUCAGUACAGCAGAGGGACGAGAGAGAAAGAGUCUUUCCCAGUUCUGUUUGGAGAUAACAAGCACUUGUAACAGCGAUGCUCCAGCUGUGGAGUAUUACCAUGUGAACCCCAAAACAAUAAAUCUGAGUUUGUAACUGAA